AUGGAAAAUGAGAACAUUGUUUGUGAGAAAAAACUUUUUGUAACGGAAAAUAAUCAAAUGUUUGCUCACGAAAACAGCGAAAUAAUUACAAAUACAUAUGAUAAUAGAGAAGAAGAGAAAGACUCAUGUGUCGAUUUGAAAGAUAAUAAAAUUAAUACGUUGACGGACAAUAACAGUCCAAGCGAUUGUCCAGCUUCUUCGCUUGAGCUUAAAAGGGAUUUGGUGCAUUUUACUGCAUUGCCGAAUUCAGAAAACGCAGAGCAAGCGACUGCUGGAGUUGACUGCAGUAAAAAAGAAAUUAAGAGUCAACGUUAUCGCCAGGGGACUGUUCAAUUCCUUGUUCGAGAUGGCGAAUCUUUAACGGAGGAAUGGGUUAAACAGGAUGAUCUGAACCCUACUUUUAUUUCAAUGUAUUUGGAUAGUUUGGAAAAAAUUCAAAAUCAUAAUAAUAAAAAUGAUAAUCAAAAAAACAGAACAAAAAAUUCUCAUGAUAAUGAAGAAAGGAAUUCCCGGAGCAAUGCUAAACGCCCGAGAGGGCGACCCAGAAAAGAAAAACCCCCACCUGGUCGACCAAGGUUGACGACGACGUCAACGAAAGAUCACGAAAUUAAAAAUUUGAAAUACCAAAACAAUUAUGUACCUAGUGAUUCCAGUAACGACGAACCAUUUGCUUCAAAUCCCUCUGACAUUAAAUCUGAGGAUAGUAAAUCCGAGGAUAUGAUUAUAGAAGAAUCAGCAUCUCAGAAUUUCAGUGAACUUCUAUCAAGUCAACUUCAGGAUUACUUUACAAAAAAAGUUCCUGCUAACGAUUCUAUGGAAGAAGAAACAGAAAGUUCUUCCGACGAAACUUCAUCCAAUUGCUCUGGAGAGUCGGAGAAUUUUCGAGUAUUAAGCAUUCACAAAGACACCCAUAAUGAAAUAUACUUUAAAAUUGAGAGUAAUGAUGGAUCCGCAUCAUUGAUAAAACGAUCGGAAGCUAAUUUACUUUAUCCUCAAGAGGUUCUUGCUUUUUAUGAGUCCAAGUUGACUUGGAAUUGCCAAUGA